AUGAAGCUCAUACGGUUUCUAAGGAAAUGCAAAAACGAGAAAGUUAGAAUUGAAACAAAAGAAGGUAGGAAGGUAGAGGGCAAGAUGGUUUCUAUAGAUAAAACAAUGAAUGUGGAAAUGGUAGAUGCUAUAGUUGAUGAGCUACCUGUAAGCACAUACACUGUAAGAGGGAGCUCUAUCCGAUACAUCAUGUUCAGAGACGACAUUGACUUCAAGCCGCUGCUCAUUGAUGACAGGCCAAGAAACAAAAUCAAGGAGCAAGGAGAAGGAAGAAUUAAGCGGAGAAAGACAAAGAUGUAA